GACCAUGGAACUGAAGGGCAAAAGGCCUCAAUGGAUUCGACGACGGACACUCCGCAAGAACAACUCGAUAAUCCGAACGCUUCCGAUGACUCUUCGCCGGAAAAUGACAUCGUUCUAUCCCCUCUCCCCUCUGAGACCCCGCUUCUCGAUCUCCAGAAUUCACCGGAAGAAGACCAAUCUUUGCCCAAAGAAACGACAUCGGAGGCUCUCGACGAUUCUUCUGAUCCCGUCCCUGAAAAUCCCGUUGAAGAAACGCUCCAAAAUAGUAACCGAAGCGCACCAUCACCGGCGGAGCCCGGACCCCCGGCCAGGAAGCGUAGGCGGCGGAAGAAGUUCUUCACUGAAUUCAUCGGAAACACGUCGCUUUCUAGGAACCGGCGAUCUGAAGUUGCGAAAGACUGCGACGUCGAAGCACUAAUUGCAAUCUCCGUGGGCUUUCCAGUGGACUCUCUGACGGAGGAAGAAAUCGAAGCCAACGUGGUCUCCACUAUAGGUGGGACCGAGCAAGCGAACUACAUCGUGGUCCGGAACCACAUUCUGGCUCGGUGGAGAACUAAUGUGUCGGUUUGGUUGACCCAUGAUCACGCCCUCCAGUCCAUUCGGUCAGAGUACAAAGGGCUGGUUGCGUCGGCUUAUCGCUUUCUCUUGGAGCAUGGUUACAUCAACUUUGGGCUUGCUCCAGCUAUUAAAGAAGCAAAGUUGAGGUCUUUUGAUGGUGUGGAGAAGGGUAAUGUGAUAAUCGUUGGUGCAGGGCUUGCAGGGUUGGUUGCUGCAAGACAAUUGGUGUUCAUGGGAUUCAAUGUUGUGAUCUUAGAAGGUAGGACCCGCCCAGGGGGACGGGUGAAGACGAAGAAGAUGAAGGGUGAUGGCGUUGAAGCUGCAGCAGACCUUGGUGGAAGUGUACUCACAGGUAUAAAUGGUAACCCCUUAGGUGUUCUUGCAAGGCAAAUGGGUUUGCCUCUGCACAAGGUGAGAGAUAUAUGUCCUCUGUAUUUACCUGAUGGGAAAGCUGUGGAUUCUGCGAUGGAUACUGGUAUAGAGGUUUCGUUUAAUAAGUCGUUAGAAAGAGUUUGUAAGCUUAGGCAUGCGAUGAUUGAGGAAGUUAAAUCAGUGGAUGUUUCAUUAGGGACUGCACUCGAAGCUUUUCGGCGUGCUUACAAGGUUGCUGAGGACCCGCAAGAGCGUAUGCUAUUUAAUUGGCAUCUUGCAAAUUUGGAAUAUGCAAAUGCUACUUUAAUGUCUAAUUUGUCAAUGGCUUAUUGGGACCAGGAUGAUCCUUUUGAAAUGGGUGGUGAUCAUUGUUUUAUUCCUGGGGGUAAUGAGAGAUUUGUCCGUGCCCUUGCUGAGGACCUUCCUAUUUUCUAUGGAAGAACUGUAGAGUGCAUCAAAUAUGGAACUGAUGGGGUAUUGGUAUAUGCUGAUGGACAAGAGUUCUAUGGAGACAUGGCCCUCUGUACUGUGCCAUUAGGAGUUCUUAAAAAAGGAUCGAUAGAGUUUGUUCCAGAACUUCCUCAAAGAAAGAAAGAUGCAAUUCAUAGGUUGGGUUUUGGGCUGCUGAAUAAGGUUGCAAUGCUGUUCCCGUAUAAUUUCUGGGGUGGAAACAUUGAUACAUUUGGUCAUUUGACUGAAGACCUGAGUAUGAGAGGUGAGUUUUUUCUAUUUUAUAGUUACUCUUCAGUUUCUGGAGGCCCACUUCUCGUUGCCCUUGUCGCUGGGGAUGCUGCAAUUAGGUUUGAAAUGAUGUCACCAGUGGAGUCUGUGAGAAGGGUAAUGGACAUUCUAAGGGGUAUUUUUCAUCCUAAGGGAAUUGCUGUUCCAGAUCCUGUUCAGGCUGUCUGUACUCGGUGGGGAAAAGAUCAUUUCGCAUAUGGAUCAUACUCCUAUGUUGCUAUUGGGUCUUCCGGAGAUGAUUAUGAUUUCCUUUCAGAGACCGUUGGAGAUGGCAGAGUGUUCUUUGCAGGAGAGGCUACUAGCAAACAGUAUCCUGCAACAAUGCAUGGUGCGUUUCUCAGUGGAAUGAGAGAGGCUGCAAAUAUUAUGAGAGUGGCCAAGAGAAGGCUCUCAGUUUCAGUUGACAAAAAUAAAACUCUUUUGGAGGGAAGUGAUGAUUUGAACAAAUUAUUUGAGAAACCUGACUUGACAUUUGGGAGUUUCUCCGCAUUGUUUAAUCCAAAGAAAAAUGAUUUUGAUUCUAGUUCAUUACUGAGGGUAAAGUUUGGAGGAUCAUUUUUGGAAUCUAGCUGCCUUUGUCUUUACGCCUUGGUUUCAAAGAAGAGGGUUGUUGAAUUAAGUGAGAUCAAGGGAGAUGAGAACAGGAUAACAAUGUUGAACAACUUUGGGGUGAGUUUAGUUGGGAGGAAAGGUUUGAGUAGUGAUGCAGAAUCUCUUAUCAAUGACAUUAGAUUGGCUAGAUCGAACCUUAGUGAUGCAGAGAAUUCCGUGCACAGAAAGGAAAGUUUACUUAAUGGCUUGGACAAAAAAGCCUCUUAUUAAUUGUAUUCAAUUUUUCUUUUUCCUCGAAUUAAUGAAUUCUUACUAUCUUCCCCCUCAUUUGCCAUUUUCUUUACCAAUGAUUAACAUAGUUUACUUUUUUUUGUUGCUGAUGAACUGCCUUAUUUAUGAUUAUUUAAAUAUGAAGCGGAAAUCUUCCUUUGCUGAAA